AUGCUUCCUUUUGCAGUUCCUUAUCCGCCAGAGCCAGAACACGGGUUUUGGGGUAUUCCAACGUCGACAAUAGAUUGGUGUGAGGAAAACUAUGUUGUUUCAAAGUAUGUUGCUGAAGCCGUUAACACUACUACGAACUCUGUGUUUAUAGCUCUUGCUGGAUUCACUAUCUACCAUGCUUACACAAACCACAUGGAACCUCGAUUUGUGUUCUCCGCCCUUGGAUUUUUACUAGUGGGUGUGGGAUCAUGGUUAUUUCAUAUGACUUUGCAAUAUCAUUAUCAAUUGUUGGAUGAGUUGCCCAUGAUAUAUGCGACCUGUAUUCCUUUUUGGUCCGUAUUUAGCGAAUUUAGGACUAAGAAGCAAUCUAUUAUGAUUGCAAUUGGUAUAUUUACUUCAGCAAACUUAUUAACUUUGGUAUAUUUGAAAGUUAGGAAUCCUACUUUACAUCAAACCGCAUACGGUAUCUUGAAUGCUUGCAUCAUUUUUCAGUCUUUGAAUUUGACUUUACAAUAUGUUCACGACAAAGGUGCACGUAAACAAAUGUUUAAAACCAUGGUAUUAGGAAUUUGCCUUUUCCUUUUUGGAUAUUUUCUAUGGAACUUAGAUAUACACUUGUGCACCUCUGUAAGAGCAGUUAGAAGAGAUUGGGGAAUGCCAUAUGGAUUUGUGUUAGAGGGUCAUGGAUGGUGGCACAUAUUAACCGGAACUGGUGUCUACUUCUACUUAGUUUAUGAAGAAUAUUUGAGAUGUUUUUUGCAAGGAACCGACAAGUUUUAUACUUUCAAGUGGAAAUAUGGCUUACCCAUUGUAUGUUGUAUUGAUUAUGAAGGUUUGAAAAGAUACAGAGAAGUUAAGAAACUAGCUGAAGCUGAUGAAUUGGAAUCAAAGAAAAAUAUAUAG